UCAGCUGUGUCCAAUCACAGCUAAUCACUGAGCAUCAGGGCACUGAUGAUCAGUGUGCCCCAAUGAUCAGUGUAGCCCCAUCAGUGCCACCUGUCAGUGUCCAUCAAUGCCACCUGUCAGUGCCCAUCAAUACCACCUGCUAGUGCCACAUCAAUGCCACAUUUCAGUGCCUACAAGUGCACAUAAAUGCCACAUAUCAGUGCCUACCAGUGCACAUCAAUGCCACAUAUCAGUGCCUAUUUGAGCUGCCUUUCAGUGCCACAUGUCAGUGCCACCUAUCAAUGUCAGCCAGUGCCGCCUAUCAGUGCUACCAAUCAGUGCCACCUAUCAGUGCCAGUCAGUGCCGCCUAUCAGUACAAGUCAGUGCCACCUAUCAGUGCGCAUCAGUGUUGCCUAUCA